AUGGUGCACCCACCUGUCGACUAUGAAGAAGAGGCCCUGGUCGACCUGCUCGUGGCUCAGUAUCUUCAGCUCCUGGAACCACAACACCUCUCUUUUCCACCGACUAAUGUUCUUAUCAAACCAGCAGUCCAGCAGCUGAUAUACCAGACAAUGUUCAAUGAAACACAAGUUUGGCCUAUUCCGCCACCAAAAUAUCGUAUCCGGGUCCUUAAAAUUCUUAUCUCUAGAUUGGAGGAAUCAAUUUCCGAUCCAGAAGAGGAUGAGAUCUUAGAUGAUCUCAUGAGCAGCUAUGGCAAUCUGAUCAUACUUCCGCGCCAAUCACCCCUUGAAGAAGCCCUGAAAUUGUCAUAUAUCCGCUAUACAGCUCCCAGGGACAUGGGUUCAAACGAAAGUCAUGAUAGCCAAUUUGUGAUAACUUCAGAAAACCGCGGGCUCAUACUUUCAUCGGGAACUACCGGAUUCCGCACGUGGGAGGCGGCUUUGCACCUGGGCACAUACCUUUCAACCCCGGAAGGCAGAGCACUUAUUGCGGGGAAGAAUAUCAUCGAACUGGGAAGCGGGACCGGAUUUCUCUCCAUGUAUUGUCUCAAGUGUCUUGGUGCCCGGAGUGUGACAGCUACGGACAGAGACCCUGCAUUGAUAUCCAGCAUCCAGGAUUGUGUAAUGAGGAACAGCCUUGAUAGCAGCAGAAUACAUGCAGAUAUUUGGGAGUGGGGUAAUCCAUUCCAACCUCACCGGCUAUCAUCUUCAGGAAAAUCGUGUCAAUCAUUUGAUGUUGCACUUGGAGCCGAUCUGAUAUAUGAUCGGGAACUUAUACCUCUUUUAUCAUCAACGUUACGAGAACUAUUCGACAAGCACAGAAUCAAGGAAUUUAUUCUCUCUUCCACACUUCGAAACUCGGAAACAUUUAAUGCUUUUCUUAACACAUGCGAGGCGAACAAUUUGAACGCUUGCAAGAUAAAUUUCGAAUCCCCACCCCGACAAUCCCAGAAUGGAUUUUUCCACAGCACUGAUGUCCCCAUCCGGACCUAUAGGAUCUCAGCCUCAGCCUCCUUACUUCCAUGA